AUGACCACCAGCCGCCACUACCACCACCUACCACCCAUCACCACCACCCGCCUCCACCACACAUCACCACCACCCCCCCACCUACCCACCACCUGCCUCCACCAUCUAUCACCACCACCCACUACGACCACCACCACCUACCACCAUCACUACCGACCACCGAUCACCACCCACCUCCAUCGCCCAUCGCCACCACUAGACUCAUCACCCACCAAAACUACCAUACACCACCACCACCACAUACUACCCACCACUAACCUACACCACCCACCACCUAUCACUACUAGCCGCCACCACCACCCCACCCAUCACACACCAAAACAACCACCACCCACCACCAUUACUAACACCCACCACCCACCAUCCAUCACUACCACACGCCUCCACCACUCAUCACCAUAA